CCCGCGUUGAUCCGCUGAGGCAACACCGGAGCUGUCGCACGCCUGUGCUCCUUCCGUUUAUCUACCCCAGGUCCGCUCGCCAUCCUCUCUCUUCCUCCAUCAUCUCCCCUCAUCCAUCAUCUCCAUCAUCCAACGCAUCGCCCUCUCCAAUCCCAUCAUCUUAGAGGGUUGUAGAUCGUACGCUUGAUUCUUGCUCUUUUCGGUCGCCGGUAGACCAUCCCAGAACCUCGUUCGCUCUGUCGCUUCGCACGCGCGGAUUCGUCAUCAUGAGAUACGCCCUCACCCUCUCGCUGGUCGCUGCCGCCAGCGCCAGCACCUUCGGCGUUGGCACCAUCCACGACAAGUCCGCUCCCGUCCUCAGCUCCAUCGAGGCCGAGAACAUCCCGGACUCGUACAUCAUCAAGUUCAAGGACCACGUCGAUGAUUCCUCUGCCUCGUCCCACCACAACUGGAUCCUUGACAUCCAUUCUGGCGGCGAGCAGGAGCGCCUCGAGCUCCGAAAGCGUAGCGAGUCCGCUGAUGACUUCGUCCCAUUCUCUGGCGUGAAGCACACCUUCAAGAUUGGUGCAUUCAAGGGCUACGCUGGCCACUUCCACGAGUCCGUCAUCGAGAAGGUCCGGAACCAUCCUGAUAUCGAGUUCAUCGAGCGAGACACCCUCGUUCACACCAUGCUUCCCAUCGAUUCUCAAGACAAGGUCACUGAGGACACCUGCGACGGCAAGACCGAGAAGCAAUCUCCCUGGGGUCUUGCUCGUAUCUCCCACCGAAACACCCUGAACUUCGGUACCUUCAACAAGUACCUCUACACCGAGACCGGUGGUGAGGGCGUUGAUGCCUACGUCAUUGACACCGGCACCAACAUUGACCACGUCGACUUUGAGGGUCGAGCUCACUGGGGCGCGACCAUUCCCACCGGCGAUGCCGAUGAGGAUGGCAACGGUCACGGCACUCACUGCUCUGGCACCAUCGCCGGUCAGAAGUACGGUGUUGCCAAGAAGGCCCAGGUCUACGCCGUCAAGGUCCUCCGAUCCAACGGAUCUGGCUCCAUGUCCGAUGUCGUCAAGGGUGUCGAGUUCGCUGCCACCAGCCAUCUUGAGCAGGUCAAGGCUGCCAAGAAGGGCGACCGCAAGGGCUUCAAGGGCUCUGUUGCCAACAUGUCUCUGGGCGGUGGCAAGACCCAGGCCCUCGAUGCCGCUGUCAACGCCGCUGUCCGCACUGGCGUUCACUUCGCUGUUGCUGCCGGUAACGACAACGCCGAUGCUUGCAACUACUCUCCCGCUGCCGCCGUCGAGCCCGUCACCGUUGGCGCUUCUGCUCUUGAUGACUCGCGUGCCUACUUCUCCAACUACGGCAAGUGCACUGACAUCUUCGCCCCCGGCCUGAACAUCCAGUCCACCUGGAUUGGCUCCAAGUAUGCCGUCAACACUAUCUCCGGUACCUCGAUGGCCUCCCCUCACAUCGCCGGUCUCCUGGCCUACUACCUGUCUCUCCAGCCCGCGGAGGACUCCGAGUACGCUGUUGCUUCCAUCACCCCCAAGGAGUUGAAGGACAGCCUCGUCUCUAUCGCUACCCAGGGCACUCUGUCCGGUAUUCCUGACGAUACCCCCAACCUGUUGGCCUGGAACGGUGGUGGCUGCAGCAACUUCUCCCAGAUUGUUGCCGCUGGUGGCUACAAGGCUACCGCUAAGGAUGUCCCUUCCUUCGUUGAUGAUCUCGAGGCCAACAUCGAGGACGACUUCGAGGUUGUCUCUGGCAAGAUCGUCAAGACUGCCAAGAAGUUCGGCAACAAGGCUGAGAAGUUCUCCAAGAAGAUCCACGAUCUCGUCGACGAGGAGAUUGAGCAGUUCCUCUCGGAGAUCUCUCUGUAAGAUCAUCAAUAGGAUCAUCAUCAUUGGUGUAUUGGUUAUGCAUUUUCGCUGGGAUUGCGGACGGGGAUUCGGUCGCUGGGUUUCGUUUUGGGUAACAAUUGAUAUGAAUUAGGGCGUAGACUAUUGACAUUUCUUGUCGUCAUCGUCAUUGCGUCGUGUCCUUGGUGGCUUGACUUGGGCCACUGAGAUUGGUU